AUGAAUAAGGAUGCCAACAUGUCUUCUUCCAAAUUAAAGGGAAAUAUGGUUCGCCUUAACUUCAGACUUCGUGGUUUAGACCAGCAUGUCAACAACAUUCUUGAUAAAUAUAUAACAAUGAAUGCUGAUGAUAUCAGACUUUAUUUGGAAUGUAUUCAGCGCUUAAUUGAAACUAUUACAAACGAAAAUACAAUUGAUACUAUUUUUGAAAACACAAUUGAGUGUUUAUACGAAGCCGCUGUUGUUGCAACAAUGGUACUCACCGAAAAGAAUGAAUUACAUGAAAGAACGUUAAUUACUACUGAAGUUCAGUUUCCAGACAUAUUUUUCACAUAUAUCGAAGAAGCUCUUGGUUGGAUUUUGAAAGUAUUGAAGAAAAUCGAUUUCCAUAAUUACACAAAACUUAAAGUUAGAGUACAACGCAUUUUAUUCGAUUUCUUAAUCCAUGAUCCAAAGAAUGUCAACGUCAGAAACGAAGGAAAAAUACUUUCUCUUAUUUCAUACCAAUCAGAAUGGAGUAACGGCAUUGGAGAAAGAAUUAAACAAAUUUACAACCAAUCUUCAAAGAAAGAUGCAUCUAAGCGUGUUAUUCUCUUACUCCUCACAAAUGUCGAACAUUUACGCUAUGAUUUUACAGUUGUUGCAAACAGAGCUACAAUUAUGAAUGAAUUAAUCGAAUGGGCCAACUUUACACUCAAAAUCAGCGACGAAGACAUCAGUUUACAGAUGAUCUCCUUCACCAUUGGCUCAAUGAUGGCCUGCAAAUGGGAUCCUACGCUUCCACAAGAUCAACCAACCAGAGAAAUGUUCAAACGCUUGAUUGAGACCACAUUUAAGCUCGUAAAAAGCAACAAAUACGAACCGAUGUAUCUUGACAUCGCUGCUCGUUCAGUUUCUCUGUUGAAUAUCAGUUUAUUCGAUUCAUACUGGAAGAAACUCUCCGCUUUGAUCGCAGAACACGUCAAGAAACAAGCUUCUCCAGAAACAUUCAAGUCUCUUGCAUUAAUUGUUAAAUUAUUCUGCGGCAAUUUUAUAAAUGGCGAACAACUCAUGCGUUUCAUCACAGAAAUCAUCUAUGAGAAGAACAAACCAUAUGUUCUCAAACAAAAGUUUGAAAGCAAGGAAGAUUUCAUCAGAGAUUUCUUUGUUUCUUUUUCAGAGGUCGAACCAAACAUUGUUUGCAACUACAUCAACGGACUACAGAAACUCGUUACACAAUCCAACGAAUUAGGCCCAAGAACUCAAUAUAUGCUCGAAAUUAUGUCGAAUAUUAAGACAAACGACGAUGCUUUGACCAAAUCACUUUUGGCACCAAUAGAAAGCAAACUCGAGCUAUACUUGAACAUCGCAACUCCUCCAGGCAUCAUAAAGUCCUCUUUACCUUUAAUUGUUCCAAUGUGGACUUUAAUUCCACGUUCCAGACCAGGAAUCUCCCAAUCCGUACAGAAUUUGAUCGCCCAUUUGGAUCCAACAGUUCAAACAGCCUGUUUCCGUGUUUUUGUUGAGAUGAUGUCGAAAGCACCAGCUGCAGACUUCCCAGUUAACGUUGCUUUCAACAUGCCGAGUGCUAUUUUCAGACAACUCAGUCCAAACCUUCCAACAAAUAUGUUUUUGACACAAGGAAAGAUGCUUUUGGACUUUUUGGUCGCAAUUACGAACAUUUUCCACAACAAACCAGGCGAAACAUACGUAGAAUGGGAAACAUUAGUUUCUAAACUCGAUAUCGCAUUGUUCCCAUUCUUAUUCUCCACGGAACCAUUAGUUAUAAGACUUGUCAGAAACAUUUAUUCGACAAUUGCUCCAGAAGUCACUUUUUAUUGUGUUGCAACAUGGCUUUCUAAUAACAGAGGAAGGUCAUUAUUCAACACAUUAAAAUCAGCUGUUACUACACGUCCUGACUGGUUUGUUGUCAUUACAAACAAAACGAUCAAUUUCUGGAGAAUUUUGGCAUCAAAAUCUACUUUGGAUGUUGAUUUUUGUGUUAAUUUGGCAACAGCCCUUUUCACGAUGAUUACUCCUGAAGCUGAGAACUUACCUAUAUUCUUCAUGGAUGUUUUGGAUAUGAUGUUGAAGCACAUUGAUUUCAAACGCCUUGAGAAACCAUUUUCCAAUUUAACUCCUUUAGUUUGGGACAAAUUCUUCCAUGAAUUCAACAAUUUCUAUGGAAAGAACAUCGAUGAACAGAGGUUAUUAUGUCUGCAGAUACAAAUGCUCUUCUGUUCCAACAGACAUUUCAUUAAUUUCAACGUAGAAGAAAGAGAAAGUUUCUACACAACACUCAAAAACUACGUGAUUUCGAAGAGAGCGAGAUUUGAAAGAGAAAUUCCAUUCGAAAUCAUUUCCCUUCAAAUCUGUUCAACAAUUAUCAGAGUUGACAAGACAAUUCUUCCAAAACUAUGUGAAGAAAUCGGUGGAGAAAGCGAAUUACUCAAGAAAAUGAUGACGAGAAUCAAUCCGAAAGAAAUUUUCGUUGUAAAUGCAAACAGAAUAUUCGCACACCUUGAUUUCUUUGCUGCUGUUUUGUCACAGAUCAAAGUCAAUUCCAAUGAUGUUUCCCUUGUUUUGAGUUAUCUAUUGACAAUCGCUGAUAAGUCAAUUGAAUACUCAGAACUCUUAGACGUCAUCGCAGACUGCAUCAAUCAAAUGUUCACGAUGAAUGACGAAUCAAGAACAUUGAUUAUCCAUACAAGUAUUUCAUUCAAGAACACAUUGUUGAAUGAAAUUGGCAAAGCGAUUAUGUUGAAUGCCAAAUCAGAACAAGCUAUUACAGACAGGAAACAAUUAACUGAUGAAUUAGUACUUGCAACUUCUUUGUUUAGUUCUAGUUCUUCUGUUUCUCACAUUGUUGGUUUGAAUUUGGCAAAAAGCGCUUUAGAAAAAUUGGCAAAAGGUGAUGAAGAAUACACAUCAACAUUCGAAAAUCCUUUGUUCUCUUACAAUCCACAUUGUGAAGAAAUGGUUUGGAAAUUGAUUGAUAAAUACUUGGGAGAUGAAGAAAUGGAAGAAUUCAUCACUCUUUUAUCCAAUAUUUCUUCAAAUAUUCCAAGAAGAUCUCAACAACCUGUUGUUACAAUGAAAGCUCUUGAAUUCUUCAAUGAACCGAAAUUGGAACACUUCACUUCCAUUUAUUCUUAUUUGGCAUCAAAUGAUUUCAGUGAUUUCAACCAAUUCGUUCCAAUUUUGAAUCAUUGCGACCAACUCUUCGCAAAUCAAAUCGAAAACAUCGAAGACAUAUUGAACAUUUUGAUGAAAUCAGCUGGAACAUCACAAAGCCACUUAAAUGCCACUGUUUACAUGUUCCAUUCCGCUUUCCAGAGCCAUCCAGAAGAAGUCAGUGAUUUCAUCAAACAAAAAUUUACUUUCUUGGAUCAUUUGAAUAACCCACAAACAUGGCAGAGAAUCCAUGAAGAAAUCAACUCUUUCGCAAGAGGAACAGCAAUUCUUUCAUACAUUUUAGCAAGAAACAAUGAUAAAGAACUCACAAAGAAACUCUUCGGAAACUAUGCACCGCAAUUAUUAUUGUAUGCAUUGCAUAUUUUCGAGUUGAAAGAGUUCAGAAUGUCAUUGUUCCCUCCACUUUUAUUGUCUUUGUUGCACUCUUUCAGUCCAUCAAGACAAUUGCUGAUUUUCAGGAACAACAACGCUUUGGAUUUGUCUCCUGCUCAAUGCCAGUUUGCCAACGACAUCAUCGAAGAAUUCGAUCCAGAAAGCGCUAAAGAAUUCCGCAGAAUCAUCAUUCCUUCACGUGCUGAUGGUCAAGAGAUGAACUUGAAUUUCGUCCACGCAAUUUCACCGAGAUUUGGUGCUCACGACAUUGCAAUGUUAUUGAGUGUCGUCGCAGAAUACGCAACGAAAGACAAUGUCGGAACAGUUCUUCGAUUCCUUCCUGCUCUCGUUAACGCUCUUCCGAGUGUUGCUCCGCCAAAGACAAUCGCGUAUUUCAUCAUGUUCAUGAUCUCUUUCAUGUUCGACAACGGUGAUCCAAGAAUUAUUUUGUCAUUUGCCGAAAAUUUGCCAGUUUUGUCAGAAUUAUUAGAAAAAUAUGACAAGAAAGGUGAAGUGUCAAAAGAAUUCACAGAUCUUCUAAACGAGUCUGGCGGCAGCGAUGUUAUUUUGUCUGUUGUUUUAGAGCCAUUGGCUUUAGCAGACAAAUUAACAGGACCAUUAUAUCCUGCAUGUUUAGAUUUCCUGAUUAACAUCAACGGAUACAUUUCAAGCAAUGACGAAAGGAAUAUUUCAACUGUUGACGCGAUUAUCAUCAUUCUCGACAGUUUGUGGAAUAUCUCAGGUGUUAAAUCUCGUUUGUACAAAGCAAGAAAGACAGGAUGGAUGAACGGAUGCCAAUCAAUCAAUGAUUUGGUUUCAUUCAUCACUGCAGCACUUCAAGAUAAAGAAGACAUGAAGUGCGUUUGCCAGUUCUUACUGAGAUUGACAUCAAAUAUGGUUAUUCAGGAUGAUAAGUUCAGAUUGAACACUGUCAACUUGUUCUCCAGAUUCGUUGAAGAUAUCGAAAUCAUCGCUUCUAUGGAGAAUGUCGGAGAGUUCUUGUUGGUUUCUUCUGUUUGCUCUGAUGAAGUAAUUUCCCUCAAAUACGCAGGAUUACUCGGCCAACUCAUCAACCAAGAAAGAAAAAUCUCUAAGAAGUCGAGAGAUAUCAUUUCAAUUAUGGGUCCAACACUUGUCCACAACGACGAAGAAUCAAUGACAAUAGUUAGAUCUAUUUCUCCUGAUUUCUAUCCAGCUCUUUCUGUUGUUGCAAGACCUCCUGUUUUGUCCUCAUUCAUCGACAAACUCGUCUUCAAUUAA